AUGACGGCGACUGCGACGCCGACAAAAAAAUCGAGAAAGCAACCUGCGAUCGCAAUGCUCAAUGGAAAUGCUUUUACGGUUAAGCGGCUCUUAGCGCUGCUGAUCAUCUUCACAGUGGCUGAUGCUAGCCGGGCACUGGAACUGGGUGACAAGUGCCAGCAUGACAUGGACUGCACGGAUUUCAUCAAGGGCAGCAGCUGCUCCGCAUUGGGUUACUGCGAGUGCGCCCCCUACUUCGUCCAGCUGGACUCCAAGCGCUGUUUGUCGUCUCAACUCUUGGGCGGCGACUGCCAGCUGAGCGAACAGUGCUCCAUGAAGGUGGCCAACAGUAGCUGUCUGGAUGGAGCCUGUCGGUGCGUCGAGGGAUUCCUGCAGUUCCGCAAGCACACCUGUCUGGGACCUGCCCAUCCUGGCGCCGUUUGCUACAGCCACGCCCACUGCCAAAUGUUCGACACCCGCACCCACUGUGACUUCCUUAUCCCGAAUCUGUUCGGACGCUGCCAGUGCACAAGUCCCGCCAAGAUGAUCGGUGGUCUCUGCAUGGCCCCGGCGGCGGAUCAGCAGGAGGAGGAUCAGGCCAUUGAGAAGGUGGAACAACCAGUUAGCACAAGCACUACAAGGAAAACCACUACGAGCACAACGACAACAACGACGACCACGACCACAACACCUGCGCCCACAACAACCACAAGAAGGACCACCCCGUCGACGACAACAACGACAACGACGACAGCUGCUCCCAUUCUGCUGGAAGAUGAGCUGCCCGCCAGUGUUGAGGAGCAAUCCUUGGAGGAGGAUGAUGGCCAGAGCACUAAGUUACGACCCGAGGUAGCCGAGGUGGAAAACGUUGAGAAACUGGAGGCUGUGGACAUGGCCCAUGAGGAAACCGAACUGACACAACAGCAGAACCAGGAGGAGCAGCAGCUACACCAUGAAGAGGCUGCAAAGGAGCCAGAACUCACCCAGAUCUCUCAAGAUGCCACCACUGGGGUUCAGCAGCUGCUCACACCCGCCGAUGUGCCCACCGAGAAUGUCAUUGCUGCGGAGCAAGAGACCGAGGCUGGGCCCACCGAGGACUAUCCCUACAAGAUCGACGAGGAGUACGCGGAAGAGCAUGAUAGCCACAAGCCGGAACUAACGGGUGAGCAGCCCGAGCAUCAGGAGAUUGUCGCAGAGGUGGAGGCACCACAAGCCGAGGAGGAGGAGGAGGAAGCCUCGGGUAAUCAGGAGAUUGCCUCAUCGCCAAUCGACGACACCAUGAAAUUCGAUUACGAAGCUGAACCCGAGAAGGAGGAAGAGGAGGAGGAGGUGCCGCAGACUAAUGAGGAGGUGGUGCCCAUUGAUGCCGAGAGCGAGACUGAUGCUGAGGCCAGCACCAGCGAACCGCCGGUCCAGACGCAGCUUCUCGAGGAGGAGACAGAGCCGGAGACAGCCCAGACGGUGGCCGACGAGGAACUGAUCCCAGUUAAUGCUACACCUGAAACCGAAAGUGUGACGAAGGCAGCUGACAACGAGGUGGAGCAAGAGGAGGAGCACAUGGCCUCGGGGGAUCAUGAGCUAGAAGUAGCUGUGGCCCACCACGAGGAGGAGCAGCCACCCAAGCAGGAGGAGCCAGCGACCGUCAGCGAACCAGCCUCGGUGCAAAUGGAGAGUGAAAGCCAAGUCGAGGUGGGAAAACCAGAGGAGCCAGAAACCGAAAUGGAAAAAGAAGUAGCGGAAGCAGAAGCAACUCCGACCGAAGCCACAGAUGUGGAGCUACCUCUGGCCACCGAAGGCAGUCAGAGGCCAGAGAUGGAGUCGGGAGCUGCAGCUGAAUCUGGAUCUGGAUCUGAGACCGAUCAGGUGGAACAAAGCGCCGACAUCAAGCCGACAAGUGGCGAGGAUGAUUUAAAUGAAGCCAAUCAAUUAAAUCAAGACCAAGUCACCGAGCCAGCUGUGCAGGAGGAGGGGGCAGAGCAGCACGAGGAGGAGAGCCAGCCCGAGCAGGUGGAUGAAGAAGUCCAUCAAGAUGCAGAUGAAGCCACAACAGAGAAACCAGUCCAAGACAUCGACACUGAGGCAGAGGCGGAGACGGAGACGGAGACAGAGACCGAGCAGGAGGUGGAGGCAAUCACCGAAGCGGAGCACGAACAAUUGACAUACCCAACAAAUGAUGAUGAAUUGGCGCCACUGGAGGAGGCAGAAGCAGAGCCAGAGCUGACCACAGAGCAACCAGAGGCAGCAGCGGAACCAGAACCAGAAUUAGAGAUCACCACCGAGCUGCCACUGCCCCAAGAGGAGGAAGAGGAGGAGAAGGAGACGGAGAAGGAGCAUGAGCCCGAGGCCGAUGAGGAAAAUGCAAAUGCAAUUAAAACGCCCGAAGUGUCGGAAGCAAUUGCAGAGCCCCAGGCAGAGGCGUUACCCGAGCCAGAGACGGCCACAGAAACGGAGAUCGGGGUGGAGGAGGAGGAGGAGGUGGAGCAGUCAUUGGUAACUGAGAGGAUCCAAGAGCCAGAAGCAGAGCCCGCUAAUGAUGAGGUGUCGCAGGUGGAUACCGAUCAAGGUAAGCCAGAGCAGCCAAUUAAGAGCGAUGCUGAUAUCGAGCCGGAAGCCACUGAGGAAUCCGCGCAGACGGAGAUUGUGCCAGAAACCGAACCUGAAACCGAAGCCAGUGAAAGUGCCCAGACUCAGGAGGAGAUCAAGCCCCAGCUGGAUGAAGUGGAGGUCGAAAAGAAUGAGAAUGACAACAUAAUUCAGGGAGCAGAACCGAUUCCCCAGGAAGAGGUUAUUCCAGAGCCAGCGGAGGAGCACUCAGAGGAGCCAGCAGAGGAUUCCGCUCCUCCUAAGGCCCAGGAAGAAUCACCAGCUACUCCCGAAGCAGCGCCCGCAGAGGAGGAGGAGGAGGCCAGCAAACACGAGCUGGACUACACCAGCAUCGAACAUCUCCAGGAGAUCGCCCAGCAAGAAGAAACCACUGCAGCCCCUGAGCAAGAAGAUGAAGAGGAAGCAGAGUCCACAGUGGCUCCUGAACUCCAGGAGGCGCCCAGUGCCAUUGUGAGUGACGAACUGGAUCAGGAGCAUCCCCAGAACUUCCAUGAGAGCGAGAGCAUCGCCGACAUUCUCAGCGAUUUGAUGCUGGAGGGCGACAGCACCGUGCCACCGGUUCCAUUUGGCCAACAGCCCGCCCAAACGGUACCCAUGGUAGAGGCCAACUCGGAGAACGAGGAGGAGCAGCCCCAUGCUGCUAUUUCCGAUCUCGUGGCCGAAGCUGACGAAACCCAUGACCAUGUGGAGCAAGUGCCACAAGCCGAGGAGCCAGCGCCUGCCAUUCCAGAUCUGUUUGCUGAGGCAGCUAAUGAUGAGGCAGCCGAGGAAGAGGAGCAGGUGACAUCCGCUCCUGUGGCUGAGAAGGAGCAGCAGCAGGCGGAGGAAGAGGCUGUCAAGGAGGAACCCCAGCAGGAUGAGGAAGAACCAGAGCCAGCCAAUCAGGAGGAAAUCGAAGAAGAAGCCCAAACAGAAGCCACCACGGAGAAGGAACUGGAACAGGAAGCCGAGCCCGAGGAGGAGCACACUGUCCCCGAGGAACUACCCUUCGACCUGAACGAUCAAUCCGUUCCCAUCCGCCUGAAUGAGCUGGAAUCCGAUAACCUGAUCGUGGAGUCCACCACCACCAUCGAUGGCCUGCAGGAACUCGACAGCAAUCACAUUGAGCAGGAGCCUGUGGCUCAUAACGUUGCCCAUGAGGAAGCCACUCCAAAUCCCGCCGGCAUUGUGGAGAUCACCACUCAGACCAUGCUGGGUCUGGCCAGUCGUGUGACCCUCAUGGAACCCGCCGCUCCCGUGGUGACCACUCUGAUGCCCCUAAUGACCGCCGCCGAUGAGCCCACUCCGGAGCCCGUGUCCCCGGCUUCCGUUGCUCCUGCUGCCAGCAAACCCGGCUCGGAGCUGCGUAAGCGCGUGGAUCUUGGCCUGGAGGCUGUCUCCCUGGGAUUGGCCUGCAGCAACGAUCGCCAGUGCCAGUUGGCUGAUCCUCACACCGUUUGCAAUGGACGUGGAGUGUGUGACUGCUCUGCCAGCGGAGAGGAGCAACAAUGCGGUGCCGAGAGAACCGGAUGCAGUCCUGGAACCUUCCAGUGCCGUUCCAGUGGCGUUUGCAUCUCAUGGUUCUUCGUAUGCGACGGCCGCGCCGAUUGCAAUGACGCCUCCGACGAGGAGUGCACCCACAAUGCCCGCCUGAACCAGAGCUGUCCGGCGGAGUCCUUCCGCUGCCAGCGUAGUGGACGCUGCAUCUCGCGGGCAGCGCUCUGCGAUGGCAGGCGCCAGUGUCCACAUGGCGAGGAUGAGCUGGGCUGCGAUGGCAGCCACCGAGGAGGCAACGCCUGUCCAGAGCACACGUUCCGCUGCGGCAGCGGUGAGUGCCUGCCGGAGUACGAGUACUGCAAUGCCAUUGUGUCCUGCAAGGACGGCAGCGAUGAGCCGCCGCAUUUGUGCGGCUCCCGGUCCGUGCCCAAUCUCUUCAUGCGCCUGAUCGAGGCCGGUGGCCUGCUGGGCGGAAGGCGAGAGGCGGAUGCCUACUGCCCGCACCGCUGCAGCAAUGGUUUGUGCCGCUCCACGGCCAUUGUCUGCUCCGGACGGGAUGGUUGCGGUGAUGGUACCGACGAGCAGACCUGCGCUGUGUGCCGUUGUCCCGCCCCAACUGCCGCCAGUCUGCCCGCCUUCCUGGCCCGGCAACGUCCCAUGCCGCUGUGGUAGAGAGGAUCCUUUGGAGAUGUGGAGGUACCCUGACCCCCGUAAAGGGGACUUCCGGUCAGCGACUGACUGACCGAGCUUUUGCCAACAACCACUGUCUUCCGACAUCUGACAUCCAAUAUCCAACAUCCGAAACCCAACACACACUCGCAGCACUAUCGCCUAUUUAUAUCCCAGACGCAUUGAAACACGAUUUUUGCCUAGCAUUUAAGUGGAUAUUUACAACAUUUAUUUAUUUAUUUAUUAUGACCUUAGCUGCGCCCAUGCCACGCCCAAUUGCCACCUUGCUAGCAAGGGGGAAGGGACUUCCGGUUCCUCCCCUUUGAGCCAGUGAUGUUUGUCAAUUGCGCCACUGGGCGUAACCCUAAAGCACACACUAAAACGACACACACACCCACACUCUCGCCCCCAUUUCGACUAUUUAUUCUACUCAUCUGGCCCAUCAAGAAACUAUUUAUUUAUACCCCAAACAUCACCCAAAAACCAACACACACACUCGAAUGGAAGAUUUCUUCAUUUAGCCUAGUUCUAUGAAAUUUUCUAAUUUAUUCAAGGAAAACAUACACACACAAACACACACACACGCACACACGAGUGAUGAAAAAUAAGAAAAACCAUGAAAUGAUGCAUUUUUAUCGAUAAUUAUUUUGUAAAUAAGAGUAAACGUGUUCGAUGUACAUGAUAAACGAAUUGAUAAUGCCUUUAAAGAAACGUAGGGUAUCUAAAGCUAACCACAUAGCGCAAUCAGAUCAAACAUUUAUCCCCUAUAUAGUUUAUUAAAUGUAUUUAUGUAAGUGUGAGUGGCACUCACACACUUUUCUCAAAGUCAUCAAAGCAUCACGGUAAAACUAC